AUGGGUGAAGAAUUUCAAGGGGGAGUAUCAUUUGGAGAACCAUGGUGGAAUUUAUCCAAAAAUCUCUUCGGCCUUCCUUCCCCGUGUUCUUCCGGAGCCAACGACAUGGUGGAAUUUGAUUGGCCGAGCCACCCCAUGAAAGCUUCGGAGGAUAAUUGCUCGAACGCCUUAAUGCAAGCCGUGCCGCCACCACCGGAUUCAAGCACGAGUACUUUCGGUGGGAAUUAUCCUCUGCAGCUGCAACCACUGAACUCCAUCUCAACCUCCAAUAAUGAUUUUCCAUUGAAUAAUAUCUCACCUUCGUACAACAGCUACACCGAGUCUUUGUUGCAAACUCUUUUCGACACGGAUAAUUUCGACCCGCCCCAAAUACCCUCGCUCGAUCAUAAUCAGCAAACUAUGAAUAACUUCCCGAGUUACGAUCAAAUGAAUGUCUCUUCGCACGAUUUAAACGUGUCGAGUUUCUCAUCAACAAGAGUUACAAACACCCAUGUUAAGCGGGUAAACGAAGACCCGGGACACUCGGGUUCGGUGGGUACAAAGAAAGGCAACGACGAGGCGGCCAUGAAACGUGCAAGAAUCGUGACCCCAUCGCCAUUGCCGACGUUUAAGGUUCGAAAAGAAAAAUUGGGGGACCGAGUAACUGCUCUUCAGCAGUUGGUUUCGCCUUUCGGAAAGACUGAUACUGCAUCAGUUCUCCAUGAAGCUAUUGAAUACAUAAAGUUUCUCCAUGAUCAAGUCAGUGUAUUAAGUACUCCGUAUCUGAAAAACGGAUCUCAUCUGCAUCAACAUCGACAGGUGCCUAAUAAAGUGAAUGAUGAAGAAGAAAGGCCAAUACGAGACCUAAAAGCACGAGGCUUAUGCCUUGUGCCAAUUUCAAGCACUUUUCCAGUUACUGCAGAGGCUUCCACAGAUUUCUGGUCCCCAAUUUUUGGAGACUGCUUCAAAUAG